UAUUAUUCUGCAUUAUACAAUCGAUAUUAUCGAUGCUCUGAGAUUAAUUGCACUGCUAGUUAAGUUUCUGUAUCUACGACUGGUGGCCUAGCAUGCAAUGGCAACGACAUGCUGAUUCACGUUUCAUAACAACUCUAAUUACAAAUAAUGUAUUGCUAUAUUCCAUCACAUAGUCAAAAUGUAUAAAUAAUGUGAUUUGGAUAGUGCCAAACACAAAUGAAUAUGUCAACUCGACUGAGAGACGUGCUCGCUGCGACUUUUGUAGUGCUUUGCCUGUGGCAUUGCUGUGCAGGAAAGCGCAACUGGGACUAUGAACCCAUUUCUGUACACUUUGUAACUUCGGAUGCCAGCAAAAUAGAUGUGAUUACCGAAGUCGUGCGUGUUAAUCGAUACGAAUAUGCCAUAUCAGGCAAUUUAACAGUCACUGAAGAUAUGGAUGAGACAGCGAUGGUUGAGGCGCUUUGCUAUCGUAGUAAAUCAGGUGCCGAGGACGACUAUUCGAUUCUGCCCUUCUCCAUACCAAAUCAGCCUCUCGAAGAUUUCGCUAAGAGCUACUACAAGGAUAUUAUAUAUAAGAGUUUGAAACACUGCUCGAAUGCCCCGCCACCCGAGCAGGCCUAUCCGUGGCCCAAGGGUGUCGUGACAUUCGAUAUGUGUUCGGCAACUGGCGAAGGUUUGCCUGAAUAUCUACCCGAAGGCUACUAUAAAAUCAUCUUCAAUGUCCGAGGAAGGGUCGAAAUUGUUUACACUGGAAUUGUAAAGUUGACAACCAAAUUGUUUUGAAUGGUUCAAAGGCGAGUAAGAAUAAUAUGAGUUAUAUCUUCACAUGACUCCUUAUUGAAGCUGAAUAAAAUUGGAGAAUCCUAAUA